UUCACAAAAAAAAAAAAUAAUUAUAUUUAUUGAAUUAUAUUGUAAAAAGUCAAAAGUAAGAAGAAGACAAAAAAAAAAAAAAAACUAAUAAAAUAAAUAGUUGCUGUCAGAUUAGAAGGAAACUUAAGUACAUCGUACUAUAAUUUAUGUGUUCCCAUCAGUCACGUGACACUCCCCUUCCCGUAUACUUUGAUCUCGUAGGAAUUGCGUGGCGUUUACGGACCACUCCACCUCAAAAACCUCCUUUCUUCUUCCCAUCAUUUUUUAUCUAUAUAUAUAUAUAUAUAUACACACACACACACAGGCGCAAACACAUAGUACUAGUAUUUCUUUCUCUACAAGUCUCACACAGUGUAUAACAUGUAAAGAUUGAGCAAACUCCGUUAGAGCCAACCAUGAAGGCCAUUACAAACUUACCAUCAGAAAUGAUAUCAUCCUCAUCGUUCAUCAAAAUUACAACUUUGUCCCUCCUCUCUCUCUCCAUCCUCCUCCUCUGCAAACAUUUCUCGGAUUCCUACCAACAAGGCCACUUCGCCGUCUUCUCAUCUUCUUCCACCAACACCACAGCCAAUCGUCCUUCGCCGCCGCUGCCGCUGGCGGUGGAGACUGCGGGGUUCAUCGACGAAGAUUCUGAGGUGGAGCCCAUCUUCUCCUCCUCCUCCUCUUCCACCGCCGCUGCCAAUCGGUCUCGGCCUCCGCCGCUGGCGGUGGAGAGAACGGGAAUCGUCGACGGGAACGGGUUGAUGACGGUGGAUUUCGAGGUCGGAGAGUUCGAUCCCAGUUUAAUUGAGAGUGUGGCAAAUGAGAGUCAAAAACAUGGGGAAGAGAGUGAUCGGGCUAGUAGAAAUUCUAGGGUUAGGGUUGAGAAGUAUAGGAUGUGUGAUGAGAGUAUGACAGAUUACAUUCCUUGUUUGGACAAUGUGGAGAUGAUUUCGCGGUUGAAUUCGACAGAGAGAGGGGAGAAGUUUGAACGGCAUUGUCCGGAAAGAGGGAAAGGGCUGGAUUGUGUGGUACCAAGGCCGGAGGGGUAUAAGCUCAAGAUACCUUGGCCGAAAAGCCGAGACGAGGUAUGGUUCAGUAAUGUACCCCAUACACGGUUGGUUGAGGAUAAGGGAGGCCAAAAUUGGAUAUCAAGAAAGGAAGAUAAGUUUAUAUUUCCAGGAGGUGGAACACAAUUUAUCCAUGGGGCAGAUCAGUACUUGGAUCAGAUUUCCAAGAUGGUUCCGGACAUUGCAUUUGGGCAACACACCCGAGUUGCCUUGGAUGUUGGUUGUGGAGUAGCAAGUUUUGGUGCCUUCUUGUUAGGCCGUAAUGUGACUACCCUCUCUAUAGCACCAAAAGAUGUUCAUGAAAACCAGAUUCAGUUUGCGCUAGAGCGUGGUGUGCCUGCCAUGUUAGCAGCAUUUGCGACACGUCGCUUAUUAUAUCCUAGCCAGGCAUUUGACUUUAUACAUUGUUCAAGAUGUAGAAUUAAUUGGACCCGUGAUGAUGGAAUUUUGCUUCUUGAGGUCAACAGGAUGCUAAGAGGAGGAGGAUACUUUGUUUGGGCAGCACAACCUGUUUAUAAACAUGAAGAUAAAGUGCAGGAACAAUGGAAAGAAAUGGAGGACCUUACUGGCCGCAUUUGUUGGGAACUUGUAAAGAAGGAAGGUUAUAUUGCUAUAUGGCGGAAGCCUCUAAACAACAGCUGUUAUCUUAAUCGUGAUCCUGGAGUACAUCCUUUGUUAUGCGAUGCCAAUGAUGACCCGGACAAUGUUUGGUACAUUGAUCUGAAGGCAUGCAUCUCUAGACUACCCGAGAAUGGCUAUGGAGCUAAUGUUACUACGUGGCCUGCACGUCUUCAUCUUCCACCAGACAGGCUCCUUAGCAUUAAAAUGGAUGCUUACAUGUCCAGAAAGGAAAUUUAUAGAGCAGAGUCGAAAUAUCGAAAUGAUAUCGUGAGCGGUUAUGUUUCUGCUUUUCACUUGAAGGAAUCAAACCUACGAAAUGUGAUGGACAUGAGGGCUGGAUAUGGAGGGUUUGCAGCAGCAUUGCAUGAUUUACAGGUUGAUUGUUGGGUUAUGAAUGUUGUUCCUGUUAGCAGUCAUAAUACCUUGCCUGUAAUUUAUGACCGAGGACUGAUAGGAGUUAUGCAUGACUGGUGUGAGCCAUUUGACACUUAUCCUAGAACAUAUGACCUACUGAAUGCAGCAGGUCUCUUCUCUGAAGAACAAAAGAGAUGUAAUAUCUCUACCAUCAUACUUGAGAUGGAUCGGAUUCUAAGGCCAGGUGGGCGUGCCUAUAUUCGUGACACCAUAUACGUAAUUGAUGAAAUUCAAGAAAUUGCAAAUGCGGUAGGAUGGGUGAUCUUCCGAUUUGACACCAGCGAGGGACCCCAUGCGAGCUGGAAGCUUCUGCACUGCGAGAAGCGUUUGUAACGUUGUUUGAUUGUUUUUUGACCUAGUGCUGAAAGAAUUCAUGCUCUUGUGUUUUCAGUGUUAUUUCUUCUUUUGCCCUAUAUGUUGAAAGCAUAGCAAUCCCUUAAUUCUUAAGUAUGUGGUGUUAUAGCCAAGUAAUUGUAAUCAGUACAUUUAGUCAAUCAGUCAUGGUAGCAAGCCAGUUGAUAUGAGAAUUUCAUAUCCAUGUUUUAGCA